UCUACCUACGUAUGUCUACUGUAAGUGGUGGACCCUCCAGUCAGCUCUUUGCUGAUUUUCAGCAGUAUGUUACACGAGAACAGAAUGUCAGAGAAGAAAUCAGAAAAACCGUUCGUGAGCUUGACAACACAAGUCGCGAAAUAUUAAAUAUGCUUCAGACAGUUCAUCAGACAACUGGCGUAGAUAUGAAGAAUCUGUGUGUAAAGUCAAGGGAGAAAUUUGUGACCAUUCAAAAACAUUACGCUGAAUUGCAAAGCAAAGUCCCACCAACCCAAUACUACAGAUACCAUGACCAUUGGAGAACGGUGACACAAAAUGUUGCAUUUUCAGCUGCCUUUUUAGUUUACUUGGAAUCAGAGAAACUUAUAGCAAGGGAGGAACUAGCAACUCUUUUGGGAGUUUGUGUUGGGGCAGCAGAGGGAUUUCACAUUGACUUGGAGGACUUUUUGAUGGGGCUUCUCAACCUUGCUUCAGAAUUGGCUAGGUUGGCAGUAAACAGUGUGACGGCUGCAGACUAUGGGAGACCAUUUCGAAUCUCAGGUUUCUUAGCAGAGUUGAGUGAUGGCUUUCGGUUGCUAAACUUGAAGAACGAUGCUCUGAGACGACGUUUUGAUGGUCUUAAGUAUGAUGUGAAAAAAGUGGAAGAAGUAGUGUAUGACAUCACAAUCAGAGGCUUAAAGCCUUCUUGAAUGACUUCUUCUUAAGAGUUACAGCUGAGUAUAUGAAACUAGUGUACCACAGGGUUGUCGAUAAGUGUCACACAACGUUGACGAGAACAGAAAUAUAACUAUAUUGUAUGAAA